AGGAACUCGGAUGAUAUUAAGUGGAGGUUUGGCUCGGUUGCUGCAUGUACUUGAAGGUGGUGAUAUGGGGAAGCGCUUCGUAUCUCAAGCAGGGUACGCAUGGACAGUGCGUCAAGGGUGGAUUCUCAGUUCUGGCAGAGUCGGACAAUCUUCUCCUCGUCACGUCCAAGACGAAUAUUGGCGCUAUCUUACCGCUGUCGGAGGGUGCUAGGCCAAUGAGAGACUCACGAUAACUUGCCAGAUGGUUUCGCGGCCUGUACCACGGAGGCCCCGGGCUUCACAGCCUGAAGGUUGUUCUGAAUGCGAUGUGUUUUUACACAGCUUCACCCAAGAGCUGAGGUUAACCCUACGUUAAGUCCUAACCUCCAUCUACACUUCCUCAGCAACAUCAUUGGCUGCACCGGAUUUUUCGUCACUCCC